UCCCGGAAGGGUUAUUCUCUCGUUCCAUUCUUAUUUUGGGGGGAGCCAGCGAGACAGCUCCUUUUGGGGCGCGCUGGUAAGGUGGGAGGGGGUGGGGGCUGGACGAUUUGAUUCUCUCGCGUGUGUGUAGAGCGGCCGCCGCCGCCGCGGCGGAGACGACAACAACUUGCUCGAUUUCAGGUUGGGUUAACGGCAUGGAGAACAGUCACCCCCCCCACCACCACCACCAGCAGCCCCCGCCGCAGCCCGGCCCUUCGGGCGAGAGGAGGAACCACCAUUGGAGAAGUUACAAGUUGAUGAUUGACCCGGCUCUGAAGAAGGGGCAUCAUAAACUGUACCGCUACGAUGGGCAGCAUUUCAGCCUGGCGAUGUCCAGCAACCGCCCGGUGGACAUCGUCGAAGAUCCCCGGGUCGUCGGGAUCUGGACCAAAAACAAGGAGCUGGAGCUGUCGGUGCCCAAAUUCAAGAUCGAUGAGUUCUAUGUGGGCCCGGUGCCUCCGAAGCAGGUGACAUUUGCCAAGCUGAAUGAUAACAUCCGCGAAAACUUCCUGAGGGACAUGUGCAAGAAGUAUGGGGAGGUGGAGGAGGUGGAGAUUUUGUACAACCCCAAGACCAAGAAGCACUUGGGCAUUGCCAAGGUGGUCUUUGCCACGGUCAGGGGAGCCAAGGAGGCGGUUCAGCACCUGCACAGCACUUCUGUCAUGGGCAAUAUCAUCCACGUGGAGCUGGACACCAAAGGGGAAACCCGCAUGCGGUUCUACGAACUGCUGGUCACGGGCCGAUACACACCCCAGACCCUCCCGGUGGGCGAGCUGGACGCUGUCUCUCCCAUCGUGAAUGAGACCUUGCAGCUGUCAGAUGCCCUGAAGCGCCUCAAGGAUGGUGGCCUGUCCGCAGGCUGUGGCUCUGGCUCAUCCUCUGUGACCCCCAAUAGUGGUGGGACACCCUUCUCCCAGGACACUGCUUACUCCAGCUGCCGCCUGGACACGCCCAACUCCUAUGGACAGGGCACACCGCUCACACCGCGCCUGGGUACCCCAUUCUCGCAGGACUCCAGCUACUCUAGCCGCCAGCCCACACCCUCCUACCUCUUCAGCCAGGACCCCACAGCGACCUUCAAGGCCCGGCGCCAUGAGAGCAAGUUCACGGAUGCUUACAACCGCCGCCAUGAGCAUCAUUAUGUCCACAACUCUUCUGCAGUCACCACAGUGGCAGGGGCCACAGCUGCCUUCAGGGGCUCUGUGGACCUCCCAUUCGGGACAGUCAGCAGCAGCGGGGGCAGCAGUGGCCCUCCAUUCAAGGCCCAACCACAGGAUUCAGUCACCUUUGCCCACACUCCACCGCCUGCCCAAGCAAGCUCUGCUCCCGGAGUCCCGUUCAAGUCGGCUUUCUCUCCGUAUCAGACCCCCAUGCCCCCUUUCCCCCCACCACCCGAGGAGCCCACUGCCACAACCACCUUCGGGGCCCGUGACGGCGGGGAGUUCCGGAGAGCACCUGCGCCCCCGCCCCUGCCGCCCGCUGAGCCCCUGACCAAGGAGAAGCCAGGCACACCGCCCGGCCCACCGCCCCCUGAUGCCAACAGCAUGGAGCUGGGCGGCCGGCCGACCUUCGGCUGGAGCCCUGAGCCCUGCGACAGUCCUGGCACGCCUACGCUGGAGUCGUCACCUGCAGGGCCGGAGAAGCCCCACGACAGCCUGGACUCCCGCAUCGAGAUGCUGCUGAAGGAGCAGCGCACUAAGCUGCCCUUCCUUCGGGAGCAGGACUCGGACACGGAGCUGCAGAUGGAGGGCAGCCCGAUCUCGUCCUCCUCCUCCCAGCUCUCCCCGCUGGCCCCCUUUGGCACUAACUCCCAGCUGGGCUUUCGAGGCCCCACACCACCCUCCUCACGCCCCUCCAGCACCGGCCUGGAGGAUAUCAGCCCCACACCACUGCCCGACUCCGAUGAGGACGAUGAGCUUGACCUGGGCCUGGGACUCCGGCCCCCACCUGAGCCAGGCCCCCCAGACCCGACUGGUCUUCUGGGCCAGACAACCGAGCUGGCCUUGGACCUGGCUGGAGACAGGACCCCAACCUCAGAGAAGAUGGAUGAGGGCCAGCAGUCCUCGGGUGAGGACAUGGAGAUCUCAGAUGAUGAGAUGCCCUCGGCCCCCAUCACCAGCGCUGACUGCCCCAAGCCCAUGGUGGUGACCCCAGGGGCGGGGGCUGUGGCAGCCCCCUCUGUGCUGGCCCCGACCCUGCCGCUGCCCCCCCCCCCUGGCUUCCCGCCACUGCCUCCGCCCCCGCCGCCGCCCCCACCACAGCCUGGCUUCCCCAUGCCCCCACCUCUGCCCCCGCCACCGCCCCCACCACCCCCGGCCCACCCAGCCGUGACAGUGCCCCCACCACCCUUGCCAGCGCCACCACCUGGUGUCCCACCCCCGCCCAUCCUGCCGCCCCUGCCGCCUUUCCCGCCGGCGCUGUUUCCUGUGAUGCAGGUGGACAUGAGCCACGUGCUGGGUGGCCAGUGGGGCGGCAUGCCCAUGUCCUUCCAGAUGCAAACACAGAUGCUGAGCCGUCUGAUGACGGCCCAGGGCACCUGCCCCUACCCCCCCUUCAUGGCUGCCGCCGCCGCCGCCGCCUCGGCUGGGCUGCAGUUUGUCAACCUGCCGCCUUACCGGGGACCCUUCUCCCUGAGCAACACUGGCCCCGGCCGCGGGCAGCCCUGGCCACCCCUGCCCAAGUUUGACCCAUCAGUGCCGCCACCAGGCUACGUGCCACGCCAGGAGGACCCACACAAGGCCACUGUGGACGGCGUCCUGCUGGUGGUGCUCAAAGAGCUCAAGGCCAUCAUGAAGCGUGACCUGAACCGCAAGAUGGUGGAGGUGGUGGCCUUCCGGGCCUUCGAUGAGUGGUGGGAUAAGAAGGAGCGGAUGGCCAAGGCCUCUCUGACACCCGUGAAGUCCGGCGAGCACAAGGAUGAGGACAGGCCAAAGCCCAAGGACCGCAUCGCCUCGUGCCUGCUGGAGUCGUGGAGCAAGGGCGAGGGCUUGGGCUACGAGGGCCUGGGCCUGGGCAUCGGGCUGCGCGGGGCCAUCCGGCUGCCCUCCUUCAAGGUCAAGAGGAAGGAGCCCCCAGACACAGCCUCAUCUGGCGACCAGAAGCGGCUGCGGCCCUCCACCUCCGUGGAUGAGGAAGAUGAAGAGUCUGAGCGUGAGCGGGACCGGGACAUGGCAGACGCCCCCUGCGAGCUCGCCAAGCGAGACCCCAAGGGCGUGGGCGUGCGGCGGCGGCCGGCCCGACCACUGGAGCUGGACAGUGGCGGGGAGGAGGACGAGAAGGAGUCACUGUCAGUGUCCUCAUCUUCAUCGGCAUCCUCAUCAUCGGGAUCCUCGACCACCUCACCCUCAUCCUCCGCCUCUGACAAAGAGGAGCGGGAAAGCACCGAGGAGGAAGAGGACGGGGAGGAGGAGGAGGAGGAGGAGGAGGAAGGCCCCAGGAGCCAGAUCUCCUCCUCCUCGACCUCAUCCACGUCAGAUAAGGAUGAUGACGAUGAAGACAGCGAUGACCGGGAUGAGUCUGAGAACGAUGAAGACACAGCCCUGUCGGAGGCGAGUGAGAAGGAAGAAGGGGACUCGGACGGAGAGGAGACGGUGAGCAUCGCCACCUCCAAGGCUGGAGCCGGGUCCUCCAGCGAGAGUUCUGAGUCUUCUGAGUUUGAAUCAAGCUCUGAGUCCUCGUCCUCAUCCUUGGAAGAUGAAGAAGAGUUGGCAGCAGAGGAGGAGGAGGAAGAGGAAGAGGAGGAGGAGGGAGAGGAAGCUGCAGAGGAGAGCGUGGCUCCCGCUGCUCCCGACGAGGACUUUGAGGAGGACGUGACCACGGGGGCGCCCGCAAUGGAGUCCUUGGGCAUGGAGGAGGAGGUGGACAUCGAGGCUGAGGACGAAGCCCCCCAGGAGCAGACCCCCAUGCUAGAGGAGCCCUCCUUGCCUGUGGGUGUGGAGGAGCCUGUGAGCUGCAAGGAACCCCCUGAGGAGCCGGGCCUGAACCAGGAAGGGGCCAGGCUGCCAUCUCCAGAGCCCCCUGCUGGAGAGAGGGAGAGCCGGCCCCUGCCCUCCCCAGAGCCCGCUCCAGAGGAUGAGCUGGAAGCGGAGCCCGAGCCCCCUGCGCUGCUCUCCUUACCUCUGCAGCCGCCACUGCCGCCCCCUCGACCACCCCGGCCGCCCAGCCCACCACCGGAGCCCAAGACCCCGGACCCCUCACAUGCCCCUGUCCCCCUGGAGCCUCCCCUGGAGGACCAGCCCCCGCGUACCCCAGGCCUCUGUGGCAACCUGGCCAAGUCGCAGAGCACAGAGACGGUGCCGGCCACGCCGAGCGGGGAGCCCCCGCUGUCGGGGGGCAGCAGUGGCCUGUCACUGAGCUCCCCUCAGGUGCCAGGCAGCCCCUUCUCCUACCCAUCCCAGUCCCCCAGCCUGAGCAGCGGGGGCAUCCCAAGGACACCUGGCCGGGACUUCAGCUUCACGCCCACCUUCCCCGAGCCCGGCGGGCCCAUACUCCUGCCCGUCUGCCCCCUCCCAGCUGGCCGGCGCGAUGAGCGGUCUGGCCCCCUGGCCUCCCCGGUGCUCCUGGAGACGGGCCUGCCGCUCCCUCUGCCCUUGCCCCUGCCCCUGCCCCUGGCAUUGCCGGUCCCUGUCCUGCGGGCUCAGACUCGGGCCCCUGCCCAGCUGCCACCCUUGCUGCCCGCCCCGCUAGCCCCCUGCCCGCCCCCCAUCAAGAGGAAGCCGGGCCGGCCCCGGCGAUCCCCGCCGGCUGUGCUCUCCUUGGAUGGGCCCUUGGUCCGGCCACCAGGAGGGGCCGCCCUCGGCAGGGACCUUCUGCUCCUGCCAGGCCAGCCACAGACCCCUGUCUUCCCCAGCGCCCAUGACCCCCGGGCCGUGACCCUGGACUUCCGGAACGCGGGGAUCCCGGCCCCCCCACCUCCCCUGCCCCCCCAGCCUCCCCCACCGCCACCUCCACCACCCGUUGAACCCACCAAGCUGCCCUUUAAGGAGCUAGAGAACCAGUGGCCCUCCGAGGCCAUCCCUCUGGGUCCCCGCGGGCGCGACGAGGUCACCGAGGAGUUCAUGGACCUGGCCAAGAUGCGGGGACCCUGGCGCCGGCCGCCUAAGAAGCGGCACGAGGACCUGGUGGCCUCGGCCUCACCUGAGCUCUCGCCACCACAAGCCCUCUUCCGGCCCCGCUCGGAGUUUGAGGAGAUGACCAUCCUGUAUGACAUCUGGAACGGCGGCAUCGACGAGGAGGACAUCCGCUUCCUGUGUGUCACCUACGAGCGGCUGCUGCAGCAGGACAACGGCAUGGACUGGCUGAAUGACACGCUCUGGGUCUACCACCCACCCACCAGCCUCUCUUCAGCUAAGAAAAAGAAACGGGACGAUGGCAUCCGUGAGCACGUGACCGGCUGCGCCCGCAGCGAGGGCUUCUACACCAUCGACAAGAAGGACAAGCUCAGAUACCUCAACAGCAGCCGCGCCAGCACCGAGGAGCCCCCCGCCGACACCCAGGGCAUGAGCAUCCCGGCGCAGCCUCACGCCUCCACUCGGGCGGGCUCGGAGCGGCGUUCGGAGCAGCGCCGCCUGCUGUCCUCCUUCACUGGCAGCUGUGACAGUGACCUGCUCAAGUUCAACCAGCUCAAGUUCCGGAAGAAGAAGCUCAAAUUCUGCAAGAGCCACAUUCACGACUGGGGCCUGUUUGCCAUGGAGCCCAUCGCAGCUGACGAGAUGGUCAUCGAGUACGUGGGCCAGAACAUCCGCCAGGUGAUCGCGGACAUGCGGGAGAAACGUUAUGAGGACGAGGGCAUCGGCAGCAGCUACAUGUUCCGGGUGGACCACGACACCAUUAUCGACGCCACCAAGUGUGGCAACUUUGCGCGCUUCAUUAACCACAGCUGCAACCCCAACUGCUACGCCAAGGUGAUCACGGUGGAGUCCCAAAAGAAGAUCGUGAUCUACUCGAAGCAGCACAUCAGCGUCAACGAGGAGAUCACCUACGACUACAAGUUCCCCAUAGAGGACGUCAAGAUCCCCUGCCUGUGCGGCUCCGAGAACUGCCGGGGGACCCUCAACUAGGCCCGGCGCCCCGCAGAAGGAUGUCAGCGGCGCCCCGGGGCUCCCGAGCGUGGCCCCCACGGCCCCGGGGCCUGGCCCCACCUCCCACCCCCAUUUCAGGUGCUGUCCCUCUCCCCAGCGGCCGUGUCAGGGCCUGGCGCCCCCAACACUACCCCCAGGACCCCCGCAGCUCCAGCCCCUCAGGGGGAAAGGGCUUCUCUGUCUCUCAGCACGUGUCUCUCUCGUUUUUUAAAAAUGCUCCUUUCAGC